UUGAGUUUACAUUUUGAGAGUUUAUCCAGUAUUCGAACCUAUUCGCUAUGGCAGAAGAAUCAGCACCAGUCGCCGCCCAAGUCGCAGGUAGCCCGAAGAAAGGAAAGAAAGCAGCAGGUGGACCAAAGAAGCCGAAGUCAAAACCAACUCAUCCCCCAACUUCUUCGAUGGUGAACGCCGCUAUCAAGUCUUUGAAAGAACGUGGAGGUUCAUCCCUGCCUGCCAUCAAGAAGUACUUGGCAGCCAACUACAAAGUUGAUGUCCAGAAACUGGCUCCUUUCAUCAAGAAGUACCUGAAGAGCGCUGUUACCUCUGGAAAAUUGGUGCAAACUAAGGGAAGUGGUGCCUCUGGUUCAUUCAAACUCCCAGCUAAGGAGAAGAAAGAAAAGGCGGCUAAACCAAAGAAGGCAGCAGUGAAGAAACCUAAAGCCGCCGCUAAACCAAAGAAGGCGGGUGAGAAGAAAGCAGCUAAACCGAAGAAGCCUGCCGUGGCUAAGAAAGCAGCAUCUGGUGCCGCUAAAGCAGCAAAGAAAUCCGGAAGUGUAAAAUCCAAGGCACCAAAGGAGAAAAAGGCGAAAGCCCCAAAAGUAGCUAAAAAGGCACCAAAGCCCAAGAAGGCAGCAGGAGCAACGAAGAAAGCGGCUCCCAAAAAGGCAGCAGCCAAGAAGUAAAUUGUGAAUAGAGUUGAUUUCUAUUUCAUUGAGGAUUCCUCAUAAAACCCAAAAGUCCUUUUCAGGGCUACCAUAUAUCUUUACAAAGAGUAAAACCCCACAUCUGCACGAACAAAUUCGAGCCCUAUUUGCCUGCACGGUAAUUUUCAAACUCUGCGGCCUGUUGCAGUAGGGACAUGCAAGUAUCAAAUGAGUCCGAGGCCGUAAGCCGUGUUUUUUUGUGACGCACGUUAAGAUAAUAAAUCUACUGUAGAUGGCGAGCUCAGGACUAUUCUAUCCCGAAAUAAAAAUUGUGGGUAUCUAAGCUGGAAUCAACCAAGUGUGCGAAUUUGACGGCUUAGAUGAAUUUAAUUUAUACCAUUGGCAAGAUACAAAGGAGCAAGGGAGCCUCUGAUGAAAUCGCCCAGCCAAAAAACUUCUUCAUACCCCCCAUUGUCACUUUAAUCAGUAGGUUUUCGACUUGUUUUUUCGUUUUAAAAUCAUUUAUUGAAAGAAACACAGAAGACUUAC